AUUGGUAUACCGUCUCACAUUGACGAGUAAGAUGUAAACACAUUGCACAACUGUCAGAAACAGUUUCUAUGUAUACAAUAUAUAAUAAACAGUCGGUGACAGCAGUCAGACAGCUGUUUUGCCUGUACAAGACUUUGAUAUCAAGGCUUGAGUUCAUUAAGUCGAUAACUUUCCAUAUUAACCAUGGUGCGCAAAUCAGUCCGCUGCGGUCAAAGAACGGGAAACACCCUCCGGAAACACUUCAUGUCAUUUGUUUCCAAUCAUGGCUAUGUCAACUACAACUUCAUCAACAUUCCAGACAACUUUGAACAUGCGAAAUAUCAGACGCUGUUUAGCAGGAAAGAUUGUGUUUUUCCAGAUGGUCGUAAAUCACACUUAGAUUUGGUGGGAGAUGAUGAUAACAAGUUUAUUGAUAUACAUUUAGAUGCAAGUUACAGAGAAGGAAAUCAUGUGUGCUAUUCACUGGACAAACAUCAAAGGUGGACUCUUCCUUCAGUAAUUAAAGAGAAUAUUGAAUCCCUCUCGGAGGAAGAUUUUAGAGUUGUUUUAUCAGAAAGGAAGACAGUGACAUUGUUUGUUUACUGGGGUGGACGAUAUUCCCCGACAGAUUUAAGUGGAAGGUUUAUUAAGUGGAAUGAUUGUGUAAAUUAUGUUGACAGUAAAACUCCCCUAACGCAGGCAACUCCAACGAAAUCGGCAUCAUUCUUCUGUGAUCUGAGAAAGAAAUGUUUAGGGGAAGGAUGCAUCGAAAAGAAGACGGGAGAGAGGAAGAGGAAGAGGCAUAACUUACAUUGUAGGGGAGUCCAGAGGAAGACCGAACUCCGCCAAAAGGCAGGAAAAAAACAGCAUGAAGAAAAGUACACUCAUUACGCUUUGUUGGAUGGAGCUGACAAUGAUGAGAGUAUGGCUGAAUUUCGAUAUGAGGUCUGUGAUCCAAGUGGAAUGAAGGCCAGAUGUGAUCUCAGCAAAUGGUGGAAUGAAGAUCUUAACAGUGUACGAGAUAAAGGAAUAUAUUGUCAUGGAAGAAAAUCUCUUUUGAAACAGAAAGGAUUUGUAAAUGGUGUACGGGUAGCCUGGAAGAAACAUCAGCUCAGAGACUGGGCUGAUGACUUUGCAGAACAUGUCCACAAAAGUCAUACCAAGUCCUUUGAGAGCAGAGCCCAGACGACAGAACAUUUCCACCAAUCAGAAGAAGCUGUUUACGUGUACGAUGCUGAGAAUGAUGAAACUUGUUGUGUGAAAAAGAAAGAGACAUUGGAAUUGGAUAUUUUCGACUGCUUGAUGAAAUCAAAACAAAAACGAAAAUCAGAGAGAAAACUUUGUAGGGGCAUUAAGAAGAAAAUGUCCGAGGAGGAUUUGGAUUUUAGAAGCCAUAUUAUUUAUUUGAAUGAGUCUAAAACAGAGGAAGAAGAUAAAUCGAACACAAAACCAAAUGUUCCCAAAGAUUUCUCUAAUGCUGAAGUGGAUGUCCGUUUACCGUACAGUGCAAAGUGUUUUUUUAAGAAGGAAGAUGUGGAUGAAUUUUUCAGGAAGACACCAGUUUUCUGCUCAACAAGUUCAUAUCCAGCAAUAUUUGUUAUUCCACUUGUAAUGUCUGAGAAUGAAAGUGUAGACAAUAUAUCCCUAGAUCUUAAAAACUUUGAUGGCACUGUCUCAGCUCUCCUGUUACAACAGACACUGAGUUCUGUAGUGUCGUCUGCAGCAGAGAUUAUGGAGUGCAGGUUGAGAAUUGUCGGUAAUGAAGACCUGUAUUCCACUGAAGAGGCCACUACGGAACUCAGUCACUUCAUAGAAACUCAGGAGGAGUUCUUAAUUCUCUCAAUUAGAAAAAUCUACCAGUAUGCCAAAGACUUGAUGAGGCAGAGAUUUUGUCACACGUCACUUCAAAUGACCAGAAAACGUCAGCAGGAGCUGGAACUAGAGCCCGUGUUUGACUGGUUGCCAACGGUUACUUAUAAUGUCACAACAGUGAAACAAGCCUCGCUGCUGAUUGGUGGCACACAAGGAUCUGGAGAAUUAGAAAAGAUGAACUUGCCAUCUUCCGCAGAAUAUUUGACACAACGCCCUGAAUGUGAGUACGACUGUGCAGUUUGUUUCACAUCGCUGUGUGAUGAUGGCAGGGAUUUGGUGGAGGGGGUACUCAUACGUCCGUGCCAGCACUCCUAUUGCAGAACUUGUCUAUUUCAAUACGCAAUGGAGAAAAUCAGAACCGGUGCUAGAUGCAUAACUUGUCUGGAAUACAAGUGUGAGUCCGAGAUUGAUCCUGUCACCAUCCUGUCCCUUGUGUCUGUGCAGUCCUUUGGUCAGUGGUCAUACAGACAGCAAGAGCAGGUCGUUAUGUCGACAGGACUCUGGAAGUGGUGUCCGAACAAAACAUGUGACCUCAUUCUGUCCCUCGUCGCUAAAGAUCAGAAAGUUGAAGAAAGGAGAGAAAGUGUCCCCAGGGUGUUGUUGAGGAACUGUAACAUUAAGCAUAUGAUGUGUCAGUGCCGUACAGAAUUCUGUAUGGAGUGCCAGAAACUUCCCCAUUGGCCAGCUUCCUGUCAGCAGUUUGGGGAAUAUAUCAAAGCUCUAAACAUUCAGAAAGAGCUGUUGAAAGAAGAGGACUAUGAGAUGACCUUCCGAGUGAAUGUGAAGGCUUGUCCUCGCUGUAAGGAGAAAGUGGACAAGAAUGGUGGAUGUAAUGCCAUGAGUUGUAGGUGUGGCCAUCACUUCUGUUGGCUCUGUCUCCAAAGCAAUCCCUACAGCGCUCACAGGUGUAAAGAAGUCCCUCUCCAGGAAGUUGAACUGGUGAACAGGAAAACUGUGAAGUUUCAUGUGAAGUCCCUCGAGAAGGCGUAUUCAUGUCGCAUCAGAUGCAAGAAGUUUACGAGGUGGAAAAACACUUUAAUGAGAAAGAUUCAGGAAAUGGAGGGGCCUGUGAAGUCUGCUGGUAUUCACGUUGACUAUGGAGGACUACAAACUAAGCUCUCCUCUCUAUGUCUCCAGCUACAGUAUCUUAAUGUUAUCCUAGAGUCUCUGAAAUUAAUGGAGAAUGUCUUUAUAUCAGUAUCCGACCUUUGGAGGAGGUCACCCAUGGCAAAGGAAAUCAACUCAUUGUCUAAAUCCAUAGAUUUCAUCAUUUCAAGAACAGUAGAGCUGCUACAGGGCUCUCCGGAUGCUGAUAUGUAUUCCAGAAUCGACCAACUCCAAAACUUUCUUUCCCAGAAAGUCAAGAAAAUGGUGCUGUUGUCAUUGUAUUUGAAACAUGUGAGUUCAAAGAGAAUUCAAAGAUUGAAUAAAAGGACUGUUCAUGGACAAAGAAUGUUACAAUGUUGGAUUGCGUAUGCUUAAAUUUUGACAGGAUAUUUGUUGAUGGUACAGUUAUUGAUCAAUAUUUCAUACACACAAGGGGUGUUACUGAAUGAUACUACUCAUUCCGUUUCUAACGUGAAGAUUUUAUCUAGAAAUGGAUAGCAAGAAUUGUGAUAAAUUGUGAUAAAUGAAUUAAUGUAUUGUGUAUUAAUUAUGCAAUAUUUUUAUAAGUAUUUAAGUUUUUAAUCUACAGUUUUUUGUAUGUAUUGUAUGUUGUAUUAAAUGGUUUGUGAUCUACUUGUUAGAUGUAUUUAGGCUGGAAUUUUAACAUCUCUUGUGUCUUUCUGUCCAAUUCCUGUGAUUUCUGAACAAAAUAUUAUUUUCUGUUUGUUUUUUGUUAUUCUUUAAGCAACUUUACACAUACACUGUUAAUGUUAUUACAUUUUAUUAGUUUACCUGAGCCGAAGGCUCAAGUGAGCUUUUCUGAUCAAAAUUUGUCCAUUGUUUGUCGUCAUCGCUGUCAUAAACUUUUCACAUUUUCAUCUUCUCAAGAACCACUGGGCCAAUUAUAACCAAACUUGGCCAAAAGCAUCCUUGGGUAAAGGGGUUACAUGUUUGUUCAAAUAGAGGGUCAUGCCCCCUUCAAAGGGGAGAUAAUAACAAAAAUGUAAAAAUAAGGGGGGGGGGUCAUUUUCAAAUCUUCUCAAUUACCACUGGGCCAGAGGAGCUGAGAUUUACAUGAAAGCUUCCAGACAUAGUGCAGAUUCAAGUUUGUAAAAAUCAUGGCCUCCAGGGGUAGGUUGGGGUCACAAUACGGACUAAGGUUUUGCAUGCAAAUAUAUAUGAAAAGUCUUCAGAUAAGGGUCAAGGUAACUCAGAUAAGCGAUGUGGCCCAUGGGCCUCUUGUUUUUACAUCAGUUACAUGUAUAUCAAAAUUUAUAUAUUUGUUCAGUGUUGAAUAAUUGAUGGAAAAUAUUUUGAAUAUAAAAAUUGAUUGAUUGAU